AUGGCAACAAAAAAAGCCCAGGAUACUAAAUCUACUGGGAAAAAGGACAAAAAGGACUUAGUGCAAGACAAAUCAAUGUCUAUAUAUUUUUCCCCACAACAACAGAAGGACAAGAUUAAGAAUAACAAACAAAAUAUGGAAGAAUCAUUUGCCACCACAGGAAGUACUGUAAAUGAAGAUGUCAAUAAAGAGCUGAUUACUGUGUCUCAAUUACAGGCCAGUUUCAGUGAAAAUCUGGCUGAAAUUAAGAAUAUCUUGAUGAUAAAUACAGCUGAAAUUAAAAACGAAAUUAAACAAGAAAUGUUUAAACUUACGGUCAAAAUUCAGAAUUUUGAAGAUCAAAUUUCGACAUUGGACUUCCAUGUCAAUACCCUUAAAGAUGAUAAUGUAAAAAUACAUCAAAAGAUACAAGAACUUGAGCUCAAAAUACAUGAAAUGGAAGAUCGCAGUAGACAAAAUAAUCUACGGUUUAGAAAUUUUGAGGAAAAAGGCACACAGGAAAAUUUAAAACAGAUGUUACAUCAAUAUUUCCUAGCGCUGAAUAUCCCUAUCAAAGAUCAAGAUCAACCAAUAAAAUGA